GGCUCUGACCUAGCUCAAGAAGCCCCAAAAGUAUGUUAUUACUGUAAACAAACAGGGCAUAUCAAGAAAGACUGUAAAGAUCUUAAGAGCCAAGAUGAAUCCAAAACACAAAUGCAAUUUAGUCCAGAAAACCCUUAUGUUUCAGAAAUAGUUCUAGAAAACACUGAUAAGAGCUCUACAGAAAUACAAGAAAUAUUCCAACCAGUAACAGAGACAACUAUGGCAGAGACAAUUCAGACAGGAGAAUUCAAUCCUACAGAAGCAAUGGCAGAAACAAAUGAGAUGGAAACAACUGAAAACGAACCAGAAGCCACAAAUAUAUCUACAAAUAAUGAUUUAGAAAAUAUAAAAACAAGACCAAGGAAGGAGGCUAUUUUCCAUUUACUAGAGUCAACAAAAUGGACAAGAUAA